AUUUAGUAACUUAUACCUAAGGAUACGUGUUAGAAAAUUCUAACGAGAAAAUCACAGCCUCAGAUUUUCUCGAAACCAUGGUGGCGGCGAUUGCAGUCCACCAUCACCUACUUACCAUACCUAUAUCUAUCUUUAAUCACGGCCAUCAAAACAGUUUAAAACUCAUCCAACGGGAGAGAACCCAUGAGAAAAUAAUUAGCCAUGUUCUACCGGCUCGCCGUAGUGCUGUUUCUCCUGCUUUUGUAAUUUCACCGAGCAGAGGCCGCCCAGGUGCUCUGGCGAAUCAAUUUCUCGGCCUAUUCAACGAGAACAACAAUGGAAAAGACACCAAUCAUGUUGUUGCAGUGGAACUCGAUACGAUUAAGAGUGUCGAGUUCGAGGACAUAGAUGAAAACCAUGUCGGAAUUGAUGUUAAUGGGUUGACAUCCGAGUUGUCCCAUGGAGCUGGGUAUUAUGUGGACGGUAACGGCCAAUUUAUAAACCUGACGCUGAUCAGCGGACGGCCAAUGCAAGUUUGGGUAGAAUACAAUAGUCUAGAACAGAGAAUGAAUGUCACCUUAGCUCCAAUUAAUGUUCCUAAACCCAAACUCCCGCUUUUGUCUUUGUCAAGGGAUUUAUCACCGAUCGUCAACGAUACUGUAUACGUCGGAUUCUCAGCGUCAACUGGUGGGGUCGUGACAUCUCAUUAUGUUCUGGGUUGGGGCUUUAUGAUUAACGGCCAAGCAGAGGAGCUUGUUAUUUCACAGCUGCCUAAGCUUCCUCGCAGAGGACCGGAGCAAACAUUGAAGUAUUUAACAAUUGGAUUGCCUCUGAUUUCCCUGACUCUGGGUUUUGCAACAGUUUCAGGGGUUGUUUAUUUCAUAAAGAGGAAGAGAGAAUUCGCAGAUGUAGUUGAAGAUUGGGAACUCGAUUACGGGCCUCAAAGAUUCAAGUACAAAGAUCUGUAUGUGGCCACAAAUGGGUUCAAGGACAAAGGAUUACUGGGUUCCGGUGGAUUUGGUAAGGUUUAUAGAGGAACAUUGCCCACCUCCAAAUUGGAGAUUGCCGUCAAAAAGGUCUCUCGUGAAUCAAGACAGGGAAUGAAGGAAUUCGUGGCGGAAAUUGUUAGCAUCGGUCGUCUCCGUCACCGGAAUUUAGUACAACUCCUGGGGUAUUGCCGGAGGAACGGGGAGUUGCUCUUGGUCUAUGACUACAUACCGCACGGAAGUCUGGACAAGUACCUAAUUUUGAGACUUAGUGCUGCUAUCUUUGUUACUUACUAGAUUAUUUGCUUCAGUUGAUUCUUUGGUAUGUUUAAUUGGUUUGUGACUAAAUCCCUAAUUCGUUCUUGCUUAUAAACACUUUCGAAGUUG